UAAAGCAGCACAACUUUUUUCAACAUUUAUAAUAAUAAUAAUAAAUGUUUCUUGAGCAACACAUCAUCAUAUUAGAAUGAUUUCUGAAGGAUCAUGUGACACUGAAGACUGGAGUAACUUUCUAAAACUUGAUAAGUACUAAAUUUCCAAAAGGGCAGAAAACAAUUGCCAAUUAAAUGAACGUGUAUUAUAGUUUAAAUGUAUAUGAAAUGCAUUUAGUUGGCCCAAAUAGGACCUAAAUACAUCUAUGUAAUUUUAUAAUUAGUUCUGUUGUUUUUGGUUAAAGUCUACUGCUGAAUGCCAAGCAUUUAUGGUAAACUAAAAUAUAUUUUUACUCUUUCCCAUAUAAUUGAAAGUCAAUGGGGCCCUAAACAACUUUGAUUGAUUUUUGUGUGAACUAUCCCUUUAAUGCCUUUCAAUUUUACAUAUAUACUAAGUUUUUUUGUAUAAUUAACCCUUAAAUGCAUACCUCAUCAUUUACUACCCUCCCCCUCAUUAUUUUUUUAAAGUUAGACAUCAGCCUUCUUAGUAUUCCUCAAUCUAUUCAUUAUAAACAAUAUAACAAGAAAAAAAUAAAAUUAUAAAAGACUAUCUGUUUUCUAAUUCAUUUUUUUUUGUAAACCAGUGUAUAGGGUCGUUAGUGACCCCAUUUAAUAGUGUAAGUAUAUAUUUUUUUUUCUGCGCAACAAUAAUUGAAUCUCUGAGUGACUCAAUAAGUGCAAUUCACUUUUUUUCCUCAAGGUGGCAAUGUUUGAUACACAAUGAUGUCAUGACACUCAUAAUCACUGCAGGCAUAAAACAAAAGAGUACACAAGUAUCAUAAGCGAAACUUGAAAUGGCUCAGCAAUUUACUGCAGAGCAAAUACUGAAUGCAAUCAAAUAUUAGUGUCACUGUCACUUGAUGGUGGAUCUGGUGACGUCGCUGUCGAUGAUCAAAAUAUUGAUCUUGAAGACUUUGAAAAUGAUAGUUUUGAGAAUAUGGUUGAGAUCGUGAAAAUGUGCCAGAUGCUGAAUGUUCUGAGGAAAUUAACUCUGAUGAUGACAGUGAUGAUGGUAAAAAGCAUCUGCUCAAAAUGAACCCUUCCAAGUUCCAAAAGUACUAUUGCUGUAAGAAGGAGGAGUCGGAGUCAGAGGAGGAGGAGCCUGACUUCGCAGUCACAUCUCGUCUGCCGCCAGUGCAUUCAAAUCACAACAUCCUGGCGGCCACUGUCCCUACGGCGGCCACCCCCAAUGGGCCUGCCCUCUUCACGCCCCCGCCGGCACGAAAACUGACACGCUCGCAGACGUACUGUCCAUCCUGUACGCAUUACGACCUGCCAUUUUACCUGCAGCAGCCAGAAGGCCUGCGAAAUGGUGGUGAACGCAUUAGCUACCGCAGCGUGCAUCAGCAGGAUUUGGGGCUGCCCGCCCCGCUGCCCACUCCGCUGCCUGCCCCGCUGCCCACCCAGCUGCCGACGCCGCUACCCAACUACCACAAACUAAACCUCAGCCGCUCAGUCACCAUGAGGGAGAUGUUCACACGAAGCUGCAGCAUUAGCACUGACGUGUAAGCAGCCAUCCGGACAGUUUAUGCUAGAUCCUAACGGCUAACUGUGUCAACACAGGCAACAGACUCAGUUCUCAUUGAAAAACAUAAUUCAGCAUUCACGCUCUAGCUCUUGCCUGCAUAAAAACAAUGUCCUCUGGAAAACUCCUAGAGUACCGAGCUUUCAGGAAGACAGCCCAGUGUGUUUGUGCGUAACUGGGAACUAUAAAGGCAGAAAUGGGGUGAGAGCAGAGAUUCUGAGCCCCUCGCCCUCCCUCAACCCCUCUGCUUCACUCCUGAAUCCCUUGUUUUGUGUUUUCAGUAAUUGAAAAGAAGAUUCAGAAAAUAAAGACACAAUGGGACACCUGUUUUUAUGCUUUCCUUGCAUUUGUCUGAAAAAACCCGCAACAAUACACAGAAAUGCUGAUGUCUUGAAUUUUUCAAUAUACAGUCUGAAUUUAAACUUUUUGUAUUGUUCAUUCAUGUAGCUCGAUAAAUUUUAGCUGAAUAUUAACUGAUAUAGCCGCGGACUUUGUUUUAACAAACCAACACAUACAGGACAACUUACGAAAAGCCCUAAGUGGGCUGCAAUAAAACUGCUAGAUAAAAAUUUGACAUCAGCAGACAACAACAUGAUGUAGGCGUUUGAUUAUGAGGUAACGUAUGGGAUGAGAGGCAUUAUUUUUUACUGACAAAAGUUAUUGAGUUACUGUGUGCGAUUCUAAAUAUUAAUAGAUGUUUUCACAAUUGCGAACUAUUUCUUCUGUUUUAGAUGUUUAAAUGAUUUGUUCUUCUUCUCAUUUCUUUUUGAAAAGGUACAGAUUUAUGUUAUCAUGGUUUCCAUUGAUUUUUUUUUUUUUAUUCUUUUUUUUUACAAAUCUGGAUGUGAGACGGAUACAAAGGCUGAUUUGAUUUCAUGGGCUACAUUUGCUCUUUCUAAACGCUGCUUGUUGGACUAUGAACAGAACAUCUUCUGCCAGAAGGUUUUUCUCUCUCUCUACUGUUCAUGCUUACAGAGUCAAUUAGCCUAUUUCCUACGUUGUUGAUGUGAAAACAAGUGGGGCGUUGCACUGACUUUCUUCUUUUUAAUAAUAACAGUGAUUAUCAAGAAUAUUUGUUCUGUUUCUAGUUUUGAAAGUGAUAUUCUUCUCUCUGGGUGUGUAGCCACACACUACAGUCCUGCAGGUGACUUUGACUUCUGUGAUCACCAUGUGCUUGUGCUGUGAUUUCAAUUCUCUCUCCUAGCUCUUCUUUCACUCAUUGGGACCCUUUUCAAUCUCACACUGUCUUUCUCAUGUGCGCACAUACACGUUUCAGUGCCUGUUAAUACCAACUGUAUUAUUAUUAUUAUUAUUAUUAUUAUUUCUUAAUUGUUUUUGCAUCACUACUUUAUCACAGUAUUUUUGUUUCAGACAGGUAAAUAAUAUUGUUUCAUGUUCUGAAGUGAUGCCGAAAUGUUCCUGUAAUUGAUAAUAUAAUUAAGAAUAAUGUGGAUAAUAAAUUGGUUGAAAACUUUUUUGCAUGUUU